AUGCCACAAGCCACACUUCAUACUCCCUUAAAGUUCAAACUUGAUUGGCGGGUACUGUAUCCGAAGAUACGGAAUAGACUUGAAUCCUACUCUACAUCAAAAACACAGUACGAUACAACUAGAACAACCCUCUCAACGCGACGUGAAAUUUUUUUUUGCUCAACUAAAGUUCUAUUUUUUUCCCCCUUGACCACAAUCUAUGAAAAUGAAAAUAUCUCACACCAACCAGAGCUAGUGAUUGGCAGCUGGCACGGUACUAUGUAUUACAUGAGAGGUAGUAGAUUCAGUAGAUUCAUACAGGAAGAAAUAGCAUCGGAGAAAAGGAAAGAAAAAAAAGAGAGAGAGAGAGAGAGAAUCCUGUCGCUAUUACUGCAGAUCUCUCACUGGAUAUCCAGACACGAGAUAUACGUAGACAGGUCGCAGUCAGACUAUCUGUCCUAA